AUGGGACAAGACAAAGCUUUGCAUCACUUGUUCAUCGGCUGCUAUCUGACCUUGAAAGCCACGUCGGAAGCCGUCAUCCACCACAGGGAAACCCACGUCAGGAUCGUGAGCGAAACUGAAUCCAACUGCACUGAGGUGUCGCUCGACGGCUGCACGAAAUCCGUCGCUCGUCGGUUCCGAAUCCCGUUCGACGCACAUGUCCGUUGGCACGCGCGAGCUGCGAUCCGUCACGUGCUCACUUUGCUGUCGCUUUUGUCACUGGCGUCGGCGUCGAUUCACGACGCCUACGUCACGGCGAGUGGACGACCCAUCGAUGUAUACGGAGCAGUGUCGUCGGCGCAGUGCGCAGUUUUCGCUGCAGGCGAAAUCAUCGCACGCGCUCGGAAAGACAACGUUCUGUGGGCCGCAUUCCCGUCGUUCCUCGUCGGCAUUUCCGUGUUGUGCGAGUCGACGUUUGCUCCGAUGCUGGAAAGCCUGGCGCUGGUUUUGCUAGCCACCACUCUUCUCGGCGGCGGAGUGACGUUGCUGGCCCAGUCCCAGCUGCACUCGACGGCCCGUCUCUUGACGAGUGGCGCCGGUCACUGGAGCAUCGUCAUGGCGGUGCUGUUGUACGUGGAGAACCCCGCGAGCGUCUGGCUGGGUUCCAUUGGGUUCAACGACGCCUUGCGGUGGAUCAACUUUAGUUUCGUGAUAACGCUGGGACUCACUUAUGCCGGGUUUGCUGCCAUUUUCUGCUUGAUCCCUCCCGAGAAAACGGCUUUGGCGUGAAAUUGCAGUACUGUCGUUAUUUAUUAAAUUUUGUUUUUUGUUUGAGGAAGUGUCUGAAAACAUCUCAUCGCCUUCCUCAACGAAGCUUUAAAACUGUUCAAUGAAUGUUGUUCGGGCGGAAAUUUGUAUCAACAGGAGAAGCUCUUGUGUUUUUUUCUCUUCCGAAUUUUGACACGAACCUCUGCCCCUGAGCUGACAUUAGGCAGCUAUUUUUUUUUUGAAUGCGUGCUUCCAGAAUUUUUGCGAACAUUUUGCAAAGCGUUGGCAAUGUUGUGACGUCAUCGAGAAAUAUGUGUUUGACGCUUUUGUCAGUAAAUGCCAUGAAGGCUGUAAAGGACUGAGAAUGUUUGG